AAAAUUCGAAAAAUUCUACCAGAGCGCCACCUGUCAACUAGUUACAAAGGAAAAGCGCCAUGAUGGUUCGCCAGGCCAUCGCCUGGGUAGCGGUACUGGGUAUUAUUUCACAUCUGAAAACAGCACAAGCAAUUCAGUGUUACCAGUGUGAUAGCAACGAAGAUUUGUCAUGUCCGUCCUACGAAUCUUUUGAUAAAGAGGUCAAUGCACCCAUCAACUGUAACAGCUUUGAGGCCAAUACCCCUGGCCAGUUCUGUAUGAAAAUCACACAAGAGAGUCCUGGAUGGAGAGGAUGGAAAAAGAUUACGAGACGGUGUGGGUCAAGGACAGAUCAAGGUGUGGCUUGGGGUUGCCGGUGGCAGUGGGAUACUGUAGGUGUAUUCAAGGAGAUCUGCUACUGUGAAUCCAACAAUUGUAAUGGAGCUGGUCAAGUGAAGGUGUCAUUUGCAGCUGUUGCCAUAGUGUUUUUUGGAUAUUUCCUCCGCAAAUAUCUAUAACCAUGACAUGGAUCCUCAGUUUUCAUUAAAUUCUGCAAUACUUAACAAUACAGAAUUAUUUCAGUUCUCUGUUUCAAUUUCCUCUUUAAAAUUCUCGAGUAUAUUGCAUAUAUUAGGAAAUUCAAUCCUUGCAAAUAUUUUAAAAGUCAAGAUAUAUUUGGAAAGUUUGGUAUACAUGAAGUAUAUGGGUUAGUUCGAAGUUUAAGAAAGGCGAUGUGAUUAUGAGCAUCCCCAUCACUUUUUUGCUAUGCAAACCUGUAACUGGUUUAUUUAGUUGAUUAUCAGAAUUCAUGAUUUGAAAUUUGCACUUUUAUAGUGCAAAUUAGAUGUGAUUUUUCAGUUGAAUGGGUUGCAUUAAGAUAAUAUACAUUCCUUUUUCAAGAAGUCCUCAGAUCAGUUUUCAUGUGGGAUUUUUCACUAUCAUUCACGAACCCAAGGAGCAUGCAAUUACAUAAAAUUACAAAAGUCCAAUAAUCCCGAAAUAAUAUGUGAUAAAGUUUGUAUCCUAGAUGUUGUACACAAGGCAGUAUAAUAUUGCAGUUUUAGAGUGAAUGAGCAGAAAUGUACCAAGAAUACAGAUUUGAAAGUAAGUGUGCGAAUGGAAGUUAGACAACAUUGAUGGUGUAUCAAUUAGUUAUGCGAGUGAUUUGAAGUAUGUGAAGUUUGCGAGGUGUUGAUAAACCAGGGGGUAGCAUGAUGGCCCCACACCAUAUCGAAACAUAUCAGAUGUAAAUAUUCUUUUUGCUGUGUAUUAUUUGUGUCUUUUUAAAAUUAGUGGCUGUAAUCAUGAAUUUGACUUUCUUUUCAUUGUUGUGUUAUAUGAUUCACACCAUGUUGAAAAUCAAAAUGGCUUAAUUUGCGAUGUACACCUGAUGCGAGUAUGAAUGUGCUGCAAUGUCAAAAUUGAAUACAUCCAAAUGUAGUGUUCUAACGCUGGUGUUAUUGUAAUACGUUAAUGAAAAGAUUGUCACAGUUAGGCCAUAGUACGUUAUUUCUCUGUUUUACAUCUGCCUGUGGGUCGCUCUUGCAAAAAUUUGGGGGGGGGGGGUCUCAUCUUUUUUUUAUGGUCAAUGUUAUUAUUUUUCUGAAUAUUAUUCAGAAUAUGACAGAUGUUGUUUUUUUCUAAUAAUUUGUAUAUACUGUACUUUAUUCAAAAUAAUGUGUUUGUCUGUGAAAAUUUGAACUUUAAUUUUUUAAUGUUCUGAUAUUACAAGCAAAAAAAUGACUAAAUAACUAAUAGCUCCAAGUUUAUUUCCUCCAAAUUAUUGAUCAAUGUGAUUGAGUGUGAUUAUUGAUAAAAUAUGUUUGUUUUUAUGCUGCAUCAGAGGCUAUUUUCUCACAAGCGGUGGGAUGUAAAACAGAUAUAAAACAUAAUAUGGGCCAAGUUUUUAAUACACAAUGUACAUGUAUAUAUACUGAGUGAUUUUCAAAAUUGUGUACAUAAUUAGAGUAUAUUUUGAUACAUACUAUUAACAUUCCAUUUGUACAUGAAUGUAGAUAUAUAUAUAUAUAUAUAUAUAUAUAUUUAGUGAACAUGUAGUUUUCUGUCAUAUUCAUUGUGAAUUACAUAAUAAAAUUGGAACCUUUUA